AGUGGCUGCUCUGCCGCGACGGGUGAGACCGAGAGUCGGGGCCGGGCCGACCGCGUAGCCAUCAUUGUUCAGUUCAGGAAGUAGUAGUGAAGUGCUAGUGUGUCUCGGUUCUGUACUCCCGGAGGCUUCUGCCGACAUUGCCAGGGAAAAUGAGAUGUUAUAACUUACUUCACUGCAUGGUUUUGGCAGCUCAGCAUCUACCUGUAGUUACAAGAGAGAGGUAAACCCAUCGUUAGAACUUCAACUUUUGUAUCAACUGAGCAUCACUUAACACACAACAAUGGCAUCGGAUCAAGACAUUAAGGAAAUAUAUGCUCAAGAAAAGAAAGUGGUCCCUGGAUGGACUUACUGCAAAUCCUCAAACAAGUUCUACCCAACUGAUAGUACAUUCAAGGUUGAAACUGCUAUUACAUACAAUUUAAUUACUUUAAGUGGAAAAAUUUUAAAGAAUUUUCAAGAAAGUAAAGCAUUUGAAAAUCAACUUUGGGUAAAAGAUUUAGGGACAGUGGAUGUUAAUAAUGUUUUUCUUACUAAGGGAACCAAAAUAUUGAGAAAAAAAGGUUGUAACAUUUCCCCACAUAGUAUUUGCCAUACUGUCAGCACAGUUAAUUAUAAGUGUUUUGUUGACAUGUUAGUCAUUUUUUCUCAGCCUGUAGCGGAUGAUGACAAAAACAAAAUGGGAAAUAUUCUUUACAAGGUAUUAUAUGAAAACUCUGAAGUUCUCAUUCCAGACAGAAUGUUGAAAACUUUCAAUUGUGCAUAUAUAUAUUCUAGCUGGAAUAAAGCUAAUUCAGUUAUGAUGACAUCCUUCAAAUCAUGUAUGGAAGAGUUCUGUAACAUACUUAAAAAAACCAAGCUGUCUAACAUCCCCCUGACUGUACUUUUGAUGAAUCCAAAGCAUGUAGCUCCACCUCAGAUUUUAGGAGCUGAUAAAUGUCUGACAGAGGAUAAAGCUUCCACACCCGCAAAAACAAUUGUAAAGGAGGAAUGUCAGCUGCAGAAUACAAGAACUGAUGCUGAAGAAAGCAGAGGUCAAAUAAGAUAUUUAAAUGAAACAACUUUUAACUCUGAGGACUGUUCAAGAUCUUCAGGAUGGAAGCACCAAGUACAGGUUGAAUUACCAGUAGAUACACAAUUGCCACAGAGUAACAACACCUGUCAAGCAAGCAGUCAUCACUCAAAUGUUGUUCAAGACCUAAAUCUUCAAUCUAAUGCCAUAACUCAUUCUUAUUCUGAUGUGGGACACAUUACAUAUUCAUCAAGUAAAGUAACUCCCAGUAAAAGCUUGCUAAAACCAGUGAGCAGAAGUGCCAGCAACCUACAAAACCAAACACAGUGUAAUCCCUUACUUAACAGUGAUGGUGAAUCAGGAAUAAAAGCAGUUCAACUUUCAGAUUCACAAACUGUUGCUGAUAAGUUUACUGAAGACUGUAAAGCCGCUUUUGGUAAUAAAUUAGGGGAAAUUCACAUGCUUUGUAAUAAGAUGGCAUCAGAUGUUGCCAAACACAGACUAUCUACUGGGUCAGAGAAACAAUGUGUGUCAGUUAAAAAUAUUAACUCUAAAACUAACCCCUGUGCAUCUGUUACAAAUUUUGCUAAACCCUCUGAGGUCAGUGGAAAGUGGAGUCAAGUAACCCAGACACACAGUAGUCCAAGUAAGUUUCCAUCAUCAGGCGCUGAGAAGAAAAUGUUAGGAACUCAAUCAAAUAAGCAAAAUAAAUUUUGUAGGGAUGAAAAAAAUUCUAAACUUCAGACAAAGAAAAUUAAAAAGGAUGAUUCUGUACCAACACAGAACAAACCAAGCAAAAUAAUAACAUCUAACUACAGGGAGGAGCACCAGUUUACCAACCAGAAUGCAAGAGAAAUUCAUGGGAAAGUCAGGGAGUCAAUUAUCUUGCCACCAACUACAUCAUGUCCAGAUCCAUGUGGCAUGAAAAGGAAAUUUUAUGGAGUUGUUAGCACAAAAGUAAAAGAAAAGGUUUUAAUUCUCAUUGGAGCUUCUGGUAGUGGAAAAACCACAUUGCUAAACUUUAUUGCCAAUUGCAUAAAAGGUGUUAAAACUGUAGAUGAAGAGUUAAUUUAUGUGGAAGGAAACUCAAAAGAAGCUCCCUGCCAUACAACUUCAAUCACAGCAUAUACAUUUUGCUUCUUGGAAGAUGAUAUUCCUAUCACUAUUAUAGACACUCCAGGCUUAAAAAAUUCUUCGGGGGCAGAUGUGAAUGAUUAUGUCCAGUCACUUAAAACUUUCAUAACAAAUGCUGCCUCACAAAGUCUUGACAUCCAUGCCAUAGGUUUUGUAGCACAAGCUCACCAGGUGCAUCUGACCUCAUCAGAGCUCUUCAUCAUAGACUAUGUAUCAAAACUGUAUGGUCAGGGUGUUAUUAAUCACUUUAUACCUUUUAUCACAUGUGCUGACAACCAGAAGACUCCUCUGGUAAUAGAAGCUAUGAAGAACUAUGGAGUAAAAUCAAAAUUCUUCUUUAAGUUCAAUAAUUUUGUGCUCAGUAGAACUUCAACACAAGAAAUUGAUGAUAUGGAUAGGAUAUUUUGGAAGACUGGGAACAAAAAUUGGAGAAAGUGUAAGCAGUACUUGCUUGAGCUUCCAGCUCUUUCUGUUAAUACAUUUAAAGCCAUACAAAGUGAAGUUUAUGCCACAACAGUUAUGGAUUCUGCUGUGAGAGAUCUAAAAUCUGAAUUGAAGAAAUUUUUAAAUUCUUGUCAAGAUUUUAAACACAUGACUAAAGAAGCAUUUAAGAUUUGUGAAAAUGUGUGGGAAUUUGCAGCAGUUGUGCACCACCUAAAAUGUACUCAAGAGUCAGACACAUCAGAUGUGAAGAGCAUCUUGAUAACCUGUACAGAUGAGAUGUGCAAGGAAAAUGCCUUUCCUUCCAAAGAUUGUGUAAAACUGCUAUCUCUUGCACCAUCAAAAAGUCUUCUUGGUGCUGGUAUAGGGGCCAUCCGUAGCCUUGGACCUCUUUAUGAGCAGGUUAAGAUAUCUGAAACAAAGGAAAGUGAAACUAUGGAAUUAUCUGGAAUUUUUUUCUGUAAAAAAUGUCAAGAAGAUCAUAGAAUAGAAAGACAAACAACCAGUGGGAUAUUAAAUUUGCUAUCUAGUAUUGGAACCAGCAGUAAUAUAAUUACAUUGAAGUGCACAGACUGUAAGUGUGGUGGUGUUUUCCAUGUUAAGGCAACCAAAAGGAAGCAACAAGCAUCAGUCGAUCUUUCCUCUGGAUAUUUACUUAAUCACAUUGAAAAGGUUAUUAAUAACAUUCUUCAAAAAUGGUCUCUCUCAGGACGCCUGAUUGGCAAAAACCAGUAUCUCUACCAUAUAAACCUUGCUUUAGAUCAUAAAUUUCGAAUGUUAAUUGAUGACCUUUUGUCUGUGAAAUAAGAAUGUCCCAUGCACUCUUCUUGCUUUUGCUGAAGGUAACAUCAUCAGUGGACAUCAUUAUUUUUCUGGUGUUAUAGUACUGUACAUGAAUUUAUAUGGUAAUUAUGCAGUUAUAUAGAUGUCUUUAAGUUCCCAUUAGUUUGAAGACAUACAUUGCAAUGGAUGAGUAUUACAAUUCCAUUUUAUAUUUUAAUAUUCUCAGUCCAUGAUAAAAAGUCGAGACCUACAGCAGCAAUAUGUUCAUGAUGAUUCUGACUACAGGUGUACUGUAUUUUUAAUUAUGAAAGAGUUCCACUGUAUACAGUAUCACAUUUAAGUUUUACUCUGGGUACAAUGUAUCAACGACUUUUGAGCAUUAUACUGUAUCCUGAAAUAUUUAGUACAGUACUGAACAUAUUAGUAAGUGAUAGUUUGUAACUUCCUUGUUGGCCUGAGAAAUACCACUGUCCAAGAGUUUAUACUGGUUCUAGGACUGAAAUGUAUUUUUCCUUGUGCACCUUAGUUUCUUAAUGGCCACUCAAAUUAGAGGUGGCCAUGCAGAAGGAAAGAGGCCAGUGGCCUGUGUAGGAGCAUUCCAUUGUUCUUGAUAGUCUUGUCAAGGGCUAUUUUGAAGCACAAUACUGUUCUCAAUUCCACAGCUUAGGCUUUUCCUGUAAUUUGCAUUACAGUACAGUACUGUAUAGUAUAGCACUUCAGUUCCACUCACUCAGUAGUCACAUUCAGUAAACUAAUGUAAUAUCAGUAAUGGUACCAACUUCCCCUAAAUGUCCUGAUACUUUUAGAUGUUCCAUAAAUUGUCAAUCCCAAGAGAUACAUCAUAUUCCAGUAACAAUGGAUGGUAUUUUCUUAACCUCAAAAGAAUUAAAUCUCUUUGAUAAAUUUUUGGUAUAGCAGUUUGACCUUUCCAGGUUUUUUUUCUUUAUCAAAUUACUAUAAAAAGCUGUUUUAAAUUUUUAUUUGAGAAUAAAUAUAAGCCCAACCUUAUUUUUUAAAAUUUUUGUGAAUAUAGUACAGUACUAUAAAGUACAGUACUAUACACUGACAAAAGCUGACAUUAAACCCUUCUAUGUUAUGUGAAUUACUGAACGUUUGUUUUUGUAUUGGAUUCUUGUAAUAAAUGUACUGUAAUUGUAAGAAACACUGUGAUACUUA